AUGGAAAAGUGGUACGAGCAUGUUGACGAGCUGGCCGCCGAAGGCUUACUGACCCACAAUGCCAUUUUGAACACACUCAGUGAAAGAACUUUUCGAAUAGGAUGUCGGCACGAAAAAACUCACAGCCUGCAUUCCUAUCCUUUCUCGAUCUCCGGCUUUCUCCCACCAUCCCUUAGAGACGCGGGUGCCCUCGUAUACUGCAGUCUUCUAUAUUUAUCCCAAUAUCCAUUUUAUUUACCUAUCCCUGAUGCCCUCACUAAUGAAGGGCCCAUGCGCGCGCUGGCAUGGGCCAUGCCCGGCAGAUCAAAGCUCUCUAUGAUGAAGGCCACGACACCCUUCCAGAGCUUUGCAACUACCAGAGAUGGCAAGUCUAUUCUGUUUGAUGCAGUGCAUGCGAAGGAGCACUCCUUCCGGCCAGUAGGGAGGAAGCUGGUAGGGGAUGAACGCGAACUCGUCCAUCAUCUCAGUAUCCCUCAAGAUAAAUUUCAAGCCGUUGUAAAGCUGCUGGUGACUACUUAUUUUGGAAAGCCUAAAGUCCCGGUCGAGCACCUAGCUGACUUGGACCAUGCUGUGGACUGCAUCGUCUGCCCUGUUAUUCAGAGGCCCGGCAUUAGAAAGGUGGCCACCCUGCCUGUUUUGGCACAGAUGAACUCUGUUGGCGUCUUUUCAUGGUACUGCGUCUGUAUCAAACCACCCAAGACCUACGACGUCAGUGACGCGACCGUCAAGGCUUCAGUCCUAGGAGAUGAUCUAGACGCAUUGCCCGCCGCUGCAAUUGCCCUUCUCGUCUUAGGAAGGAGUUUGCAGACCGGAGAGAAGCUCGUAGAGCAAAAGCUCCUGUUUCAACUCAGUCCAAUUCAGCACGCUCUUCGUGGCAAUACCACCCGGCCUGGUCGUGAGAUUGACGGAGACGAGUUGCAAGUCGAGGUCGAGGUGGAAGAUAUUGAGAUGUGGACCGAGCAGCAACCUGAAUAUGACUAUGAAGAGGGAAAGAAAGAGGAAAGAUUUGGUGUAUAA